CUCCAUAACAUCUGCGGCGUAGGUCUUGCUCUCGUGUUGGAGUUUUUCGACUGGUUGCUAUUCGAGCAGCAGCUCCACUCAUCAACAGUAUGGAUCUCUUCAAGAUAUUUGCAAGCGCAGCAGUGUUCUACUUCCUAUACGUAUCGUUGCGCCUGUACAGAAACUACAUGCGAGCGAAGACGACAGGCUUCAAACUGCGAAUUUUUCCGUUCGAGAUCGGCACGCCUUUGUUCACUGUCAUUGCUGGUCCUUUCCUCUCUCUCGCCCUACGCGUCUUCCCGCAGUCUUUCGCUCGAACAUACGAUCUCGGAGUGUAUGGUGUCGAAUACCGCGACAGAGUCGCGAAGCGCGAGCGAGAAACCCCUGCUUAUCUUGUCGUAACUCCCGCCAAUGCUCUGGAGCUAUUUGUGGAAGAUGGGGAAAUCGCCAAUGCCAUAUUGGCACGCAGACGCGAAUUUGAACAAGAUAACGUGAGCAGAAAGAUAAUGAACAACUUCGGUGAUUCUCUUGCGGGCAGUGUGGGCGAGGGAUGGUCCCGACAGAGACGUCUCAUUGCACCCAUGCUCAACGAGCGUAUCAUGGAAACCGUCUGGAGCGAGAGUCAACAACAAACACACGAAAUGAUGUCGCACUUCACGAAUCUCGAAAAUGGAACCACCAACGGCACUGUCACCGGAUUACGAACGAUUGCCUUUAACAUUCUGAGCACGAUUGGCUACGGCAUGCCUGCAAAAUGGACUGCAGAUGUCAAACAGGCUAGGAAGGGCGAGAAAAUGGAUUUCAUGGAAACAUUGCUCCAUGUGGUUGACGGUUUAAUCUUGCUCGUUGUGUUCCCUCCUUGGCUCUUGAGGCAGUUCUGGAUGCCGAAGUCGCUGAGGCAAAUCGGUGAAGCCUACUACCAGUUCUAUGAGCAUAGUUCCGAUAUGCUACAAAAAGAGCGAAGAUCCUUGAGGUCAUCGGGUACCCCUCGCAACACUUUCCUGUCAUCGCUGGCCUCUGUCAAUGACCAUGAAGAGGACGCGUACGAGAAGGAAGGACGAGUCAACAAACCCGCGUUCACCGAGGAACAAAUCACAGGGAACUUGUACACCUUCACUUUGGCUGGAUACGACACGACCGCAAAUACCAUGGCCUAUGCUAUUGCUAUGCUUGCUGCUUAUCCACAGUGGCAGGACUGGAUCAUUGAAGAGAUUGACCAGAUACACAAAGAGGUAUCGAACCCAAACAGCUAUCAGAAUGUCUUACCAAGAUUGGAGAGAUGCUUGGCAGUGAUGUUCGAAACUCUACGUAUGUUUACGCCAGUAGCCCAUAUUGUCCGCGAGUGUCCCGUAGAGAAGGUCGUCACCAGCCGUGGGAAGAGUUACCGAAUCCCUGCCAACACUCGUUGUACCCUCAGUCUUGAUGGCGUAGGCGCUCACAGGGACGUCUGGGGCGACGACGUGUUUGAAUUUCGACCAUCGAGAUGGGGUGCCAAGGCUACUAAGCUCACCGGAGCCAACAGCAUCGCUCAGGUACCGAAACUCGAAGCUGCCGGCGCAAAAGAACACUUCCUGCCGUGGUCAAGUGGCCCGCGUGCGUGUCCUGGGAUGAAGAUGGCUCAAACAGAAUUCCUCAGUGUCAUAUAUACUAUCUUCUCGGAGUUUCGAGCCGAGCCAGCUUUGGAGGCAGAGGAAAGCUUGGAGCAGGGGCUUUCCAGGAUCGCGGCAAUUGUUGCUGACUCGCAACCUAAGCUCACUUUGCAGAUGAACAGGCCAAACGAUUUGAAACUAAAGUGGGUGAAAAGAUGAUAGGUAAUCGAAACAGGCAAAAUAUUUGUUAUCAUGGAUUUGUGUGGGCAGAUCAAAGCAAGUGCGGUCUCUAAAAUAGCGUCUCUAUGUUCGUAACCUUCAGCGAUCCUCCGUCAC